CAUAAAUUGGUGCGGCAAAUCAAUCCUGAUGAUCAUUCGUGUACAAUCUCCGAACGGAAUAAAAAGGAUAGAAUUACCAGAAACUGAGAGCUAUGAUAAACUUUUAAGCUUAGUGUGUGAAAAGUUCGGCAUUGGCCGGAAUGAUAGUUGGUGCCUUUCGCGAUCUCAUAGCCAGUCGGAACGUUUAAAUGCCAGUCUGAAUACACGUUUAGCAAAAUUAGGUUUAAAACACGGGGAUCUUCUUUUUCUCUUGGAUCACGCCACAAGUGGUGGCGAAGUAGCUGCUAAUAAAGACCAACAAAAUGAUUCCAGCUCUCAAAUCAGUUCUAAUAAUUGGUCUACCUGUGGACCGCCAGUAGAAGAUAAAGUUGAUCAAGAAAUGGCUAAAAUGGAUGGUCGUAUUCACCGUAAAAGAAAUGAACAAUUGUGUCACCAUCCUUUAUCUGGGCAAUGUAUCCACUGUGUUCCCCUUGAGCCUUUUGAUUCAGCCUAUUUGGAACAUUUAGAUCCUCCAGUGAAAUUUAUGUCAUUUCAUGCAUAUCUACGUAAAUUAACUGGUGGACAGAGCAAAGGAAAAUUUUCAUCCUUAGAAAAUUUAAGUUGUCAUAUUCGUCCCGGUUGUCGUGAUCAUCCUCCAUGGCCUAAUGGAAUUUGUACUAAAUGUCAACCGAAUCCAGUAACUUUAGAAAUUCAACCAUAUCGUCAUGUAGAUUUUGUACAAUUUGAAAAUCCACAAUUAAUGAAUACAUUUUUGGAUUAUUGGCGACAAACUAGUUGUCAACGUAUUGGUAUUAUGCUUGGCCGAUAUGCUCAUUUCAAUGCACCAGGUUCACCUCCAUUAGCAAUAAAAGCAGUUGUAGCUGUAAUUUAUGAACCAGCUCAAGAAUCCACACCGAAAUCAGUAAAAUUAAUCGGUCCACUCGACAAUGUUUUACCAAAACAUGUCAUGGAAGUUGCUAAACGAAUUGGUCUACAACCAGUUGGUUGGAUAUUUACUGAUUUAGUUGCUCAAAAUUCAAAUGGUAAUGGUGUUGUCAAACAUUUUCGUGGUACUGUUGACACUUUCUUUUUAAGUGCUGAAGAAUGUAUAACUGCUGCUCAUCUACAAAAUCUCCAUCCAAACAUUUGUCGUCUGAGUCCUGAUGGAUGUUUUGGUUCUAAAUUUACCACGGUUGUUGUUACUGGUGAUGCAUCGAAUCAUAUACAUUUUGAAGCUUAUCAAGUUAGUAAUCAAGCUAUGGCGUUAGUGAAAGAUAAUAUUCUUGUACCAACAUAUGAUGCACCUGAAUUAGGUUAUGUAAAAAAAACUACAAAAGAACAAUUCGUUCCGGAGGUGUUUUAUGCGACCAAGGAUAAAUAUGGUAAUCGUGUUACACGUGUAGCUCGUCCUUUACCAGUUGAGUUUCUGCUAACAAAUAUGCCAACAGCUUUUCCAAUUGAACCAUUUUAUACAAUGGCUAAAUUUCCUGAUGAUUUUCCAGCUGAUUUUCAAUUUCCAAUUGAGAAUCGUGAGUGUUUAGGUCAAGUUCAAGAUAUUCCGAGUUUUGCUCGUGUACUUCAUAAAUUUGGAGUUGAUCAAAUUCAUACAUGUUUGACUAAUUUUCAUAUACUUGCAUGGUUAGUUAACAAUGAUACACUUGGUUUACAACUUUUGAACUCUGAAAGUAAAUUAAAUGAAGAUCCAUAUGGAAUCAUUGGUUUAUUGGAUGCAAUUGCUUUACGUUGUUCUAAUAAUAAUAAUAAUUCUAUAAAACAAUACGAAUUAGCUGUUAAGAAAUGGGCUAGUGAAUCACCAAUUUGGGCUACUGUACAAGAGUUAGCUAAUGCAGUUGUUUCCGAUAUGCCACCUAGUCCUUCAUUACCUACUCAAUCAGAUUCCUAUCGUUCUGCACUCAGUGGUUCUAGUGUUUCUUUAGGAGUUGGCCCAACAUCAGUACUCAAAUCAACUUGGUCUUCUCAAACAACAACACCAUCGGGAAUAACAGAACAACGAAAUUCAGAAUCUAGUCACUGGGCCUGUUCUCACUGUACUUUUCAUAAUAGUCCUGAUACUGAUGAAUGCGAAAUGUGUCGCCUACCUCGACGUGGAUGAAGUGCGCUUAGGUGGUAAAUCGAUGACAGAAAAGAUCAAUGAACAAUGACGCUGUUAACAAUGGCGCUUAUUUAAGACUACGAUUUCUUUAGAGCUCGUGCAUCUUUUUUUACUUAAGGAUGACAUAAAUAAACAAGAACUUUCUUUCCGUUCUCUUUUGUAUGUGAAUAACGUUUGUCGUUUAUUGCAGAUUGUUCAUUUUUUAUCUGAACCUUUCUUGCCCGUUCUCCAAUAAAUCUGUGACUUUGUCUCUU